AAAGAAUUAAUUGAAAGAAUGUCAAGUACAUAUAGGAAAUAAGCAUAUUGCGUUGGAAAUGUGGAAAAUAUAAAUUUACAGAAGAAAUGAAAAUCAAUUGAAGAAAAAGAAAAAGAAAGAAAAAAAAAAAAUGAAAAAGUCGAGAGUUAUUUAAUAAUAGUUUAUAAUAGUCAACUAUGAAUAAAGAAAUCCUUCAUUCUUUAAUCGCAUCCUUUUGUGGUGGAUUUGAGCUGUUUGAUCAGAAUCUAUUCAUAAAUGCGGUGCAUCUCUACAUCUUCAUACUACUUCUUAUAUUUCCUUUUUUCAUUUUUAUGUACUUUCCCACAACAGUUACGAUAUGGAUUGUAUAUAUUCUCGUUAUAUUUAUUGUAAUGACUGCACUGAAACUAAUCAAUUUGUCAUUGCACAAAAUGUAUGAUAAAGCUCGAACUUUAUCUGAGACGAGCUUAAAAAAGAUGAGCAAUGGAAAUACAAGCGGUAGUGGAACUAAUAAUAAGAUUCAACGAGAAACAUCAAAUGAAGAGGAAGGUGGAAUUGAAUUACAAAUAUUGAAUGGCGUUAUUGCUUCUGGUGGCAUGCCAGAUCAUUCAUCACGGACAUCUGUCGAGCCUCACAGUCAAAGUGAUGAGUUAAGUUGUGCAAACAGUGCCGUUUCCGUAGAUUUUCAAGAACAAUUAGCUAGUACAAUUGAUUUAAAAGUAGAUGUACAUCGUAAAAAUAGUUCCGAAUCAAGUGAUAACAGUGAUGUUUAUCAAGUUAAGAAAUCGACAUCAUCGAAAGGUCGAAGUAGUGCCAAUAAUAAUGCGAAACAAACAAAAAACUCGUCGAGUGAUAAUAAAAUUAAACUAAACAGCAUAGUGCCUGAUACUGUGAAUUCUAUCGAAAUUGAAUGCGAUGCAUCACAUAUUUCGAAAAGCGAAUCGAUAGAUCUUGAAAAGUCUGAUGAAGGUUUGCCAUCGAUGAAAAGUGAAGGUCCUGGAACGUCUAUUAAACUUCACAAUACUGCCUCAUCACGUCGUCAACAGUAUAAAUCACUAAAACAAAAACGCUCAACAUCAAAUAUUCAGCUACAACAACAGCCAACCUCGUCUAAACUUCAUCGCCAAAUAUCCUUAGAUUCUGAUAAAAUUGGAAUGGGUUCAGUUUUAUCAACUGACGGUAACAAUUAUCAAAUGCCCAAGAAUCGCAAACAAAGACAUUUUUCACAUCAUCAUCAUCACCAUAAUCACUUUCAUAAAAGUUCUGCAUCAGCAUCAACUGUCAUUCAUCCGAAAAAUAUUAAUGAUUCUGAAUUAUAUUUAGAGAGCGAGACAACAGGCGAUUAUACAACAAAAUCAGCAUUACAACUGACGGGUGAUCAAAACAUUUUAAGCUUAACACAAAGUGAUAAGGCACAACAUAAUACACCAAUUAGACGAGAUUCGAAUUCGACAAUGUCUGCACUACAACUUCCCACUUUAGGUGGUGCCCCUAGUACUUCCGGAUUGUCCAAAAGUCGAAGACAUUCCAACACAAAUCAUUCAUCAAGCAAUCGUCAAAUGCCACGAUCACUUACUUCAAUGAGAAGAAUUAAAAGUGCAGCCUUAGAAACUAGCUGUCCAUCUGUUUCGAAUUUGACUCCUCAUCCAAUUAGUGUAGAAGUGAUUGAUGGUAAAACCAUUAGAAAUCCCGAAAACACUGUAAUUCCACCACCUAGUAAAUUUUUAUCUCGAAAUGCACCGUUAAAUCUUUUUCCAAAUUCAUCGGGGGCUGUUCAAUCUACAACAGCUUCAUCAUCUGCGACAACAAUUAGUGAUAUGAAUUUUUUGCAUAAUGUUGCAAGCGAUCUGGUUUAUCCUAUCGCUGAACAAGGUGAUGAAAACUGUGUAAGAAAUGUAAAGACAUCAACAAGUUGUACGUCUGACGAAGAAGAUAAUUUAGAUCUAAAUGCUCAAGAAGACAUGGAAGUAGAUGAAGAUGAUAUGACAUCAAAUGAUGGAGAUAGUGGCUUAGACCAGGAAGAAAUUAAUUUAAGUGAAUCGGAUGAAGAACAAAAUCGUAAUGGAUCUCGAUCUCCAUUGCUCGAUACAAAGCAUAAAGAGGGUAUAAUAGUUGAAAAACAAAAUAAACAUCAAGAGUGUCAAAAGAAAUUGUCAAAAAGUUCGCUUGAUCAAAUUGAAAGAGACAAGAGUGAAGUGUCAGAAAAAGUGGACAUUAUUGAAGAAAUUGAUAAUAAAGAAGAAGAUAGUAAUAAUAAUGAAAAUAAUAACAGUACUAUAAACAAAAGUGGUUCUAGUGAUUGGGAACAAACUAGUGCAAGUUCAAAAGAUCAAUUAAUUGUUAAAGAAAGAAGUGCUAGUGAAGAAAAGAGAACAAGGUGGUUUGAUAGUAUUGAUUUCAGUUUUAAUACAACGGCAGAAAGUAUUGGAGAAAUUUCUGUCGAUAAAUCUGAAAGUGAACAAACUAAAUCGAAUCAAGAUAAAACUAAAAAUCAAAAAAAUGAUGAAAAUCGAAUGCUUUCAUCAUCAAUCAGUGCCUCACAAAUUAGCGGUAGAAGCUUAGGUGCAAUUCCUAAACAACAUGGACACCAUCAUAGAAGUGGAAUCGCGAUUAGAAAACUUAGCUUUGGUGAAGAGCAAUAUCCUACAUCAAGAAUGUAUCAAAGAACAUUAUCACAACGCUCAACGUCGGAUCGGAUACCUGAAAACAAUGCAAUUCAAUCUACAAGUACACUUCCGGGUUUAUCUUUAAUACGAUAUCUAAACAAUCCGUCUAUCGAGCAACACGCUAUGAUAGCACCACAGAUAUUUUUACCCGGAUAUGAAACUCAAACAUCGUUUUCAUCAUUUCGUCCGCGUGGUUUAAAUGAGUCAGCACAAAACCAUCGUCGAUUAAGAUUCUUAAGAAGUAGUGAUCUCAAUUUUUCUACUUCUAAUCAGCAACCCCAGAAACAAAACUUUGUGAUAGUUGACGCAAAAUCUCCACCUUCAAAUGAUUGUGACAUGUGUCUAGAUCUUCCCGAUGGAAUGCCAAGUACAUCAUCGGGCAAUUCAAAUGCAGGUCGAUUACUUCUUGCAUCGGGAAGUCAACAAAAUGCUGCUUUUAUUGAUAGUUCAGACUUUAAUUGUUUCAUUGAUGAGCAGGGUAAUUGGAUAAAUUUAAUGAACGAUCAAAAAGCACAGCCCGGACAUACAAUAUCGACCAAUAUAAGCCAAAUACAACAACAGCAUUUAUUGUCAUCAGCAUACAAUAAUAAUAACAACAAUAGUAGUCACCACAACAAUAAUUUAAGUUCAUAUCGACAUAUAAUGACCGCAGCACAAUCAGCAGAAUUUUCCGCAUUGUCAAGUGCCCAAUCAGUUGACAUUAUGCAACAGCGAAACAUCUUUAUAGAGCCACAAAUCCGUCCAAAGGUCUAUAAAUUUCCAAUUCGUCUCUGUGGCUUGAAGCUCGGAAAAACUAUUAAAAUUACAAUGAAUCGUUUACAACUGUUAGCAUUGUUCGAUAAAGAUCAAUAUAUUUAUCAAAUAUUACUUGCCAUUGUACUGUGCACACUUGUUGCUGUCCUGGGAAGUUGGGUGUUGCACAGAGGAUUUUACAAUGAUAUUUUUGCUUUUUUGUUUUGUUUUACAAUUGCUGGUUCACAGUACUCAUUGCUCAAGAGUGUACAACCGGAUGCAUCGUCACCGAUUCACGGUUUCAAUAAGACUGUUACGUAUUCACGCCCAAUAUAUUUUUGUUUACUAACUUCAUUAAUGUUAAUAUGUCAUUACGCUGCUGAAUCUUUAAAAGAAGAGGAGGAACUAAAGAGGCAUUUUGAUAAGAUUGGUGGAAAUUUUACUGAGUUUCCUCCAUACAUAGUUCAGCUGGACGAUAGUGAUUACACCAGAAAGGCUACAAUAUAUGGAAUUGUGAUAAUAUGGAAAGAUCUGUUCACAUCAGUCAGCAAUUUUCUUCAUUGGAUGGUUUUAUGUCUUCCAGUUGCAUUUAGUAUAGGACUAUUUCCACAAAUCAAUACAGGACUGAUGUAUUUCUGUGAACAAUUUGAUAUGUACAUAUUUGGAGGAAAUGCUGUAUGUAAUCUCGUUGCCGGAUUUUUAGCACUUUUAAGAUCAACUCUUGGAUGUUUGAUACUUUAUGGACCAAUCUAUGGAGGAUUGGUUGAGUCCAAUAACACACAACACAUACUCGUUUCUAUGUUUUGUGGUAUGCUGAUCCCUAUGAGUUAUCAUUUGUCAAGAUCAAGUAGUGACUUCACACAUCUAUUUCAACUAAUUAAGUCAACACUUUUAGUUUCACAUAGUGACGAAGAUAUCUGUACGGAUUUGGAGAAUGGAUCUUCCAAAAUAGAUGAUAACGAUAGUUCGGAGGCUUCAAAUAGUUCUAAGGAGCAUAACAUUACCUCGCAAUCACUCGAUGAUCCUCUGCCGAAAAAGCUUCAAGGAACUGUUACAGCAAGAUUGAAAAAUGAUUUGGUAGUUUGCACAGUUUUAGGAUUAGUGUUCUUCAUACUUCAUAUUAGCACAAUAUUUAAAGUGCUCCAGCCCAAUUUGAAUUUGGUUUUACACAUUAUAGCAAUUAUUCUUGGACUAUUCCUACAUUAUAUUGUACCACAAAUGAGAAAGCAUUUACCAUGUUUGUGUGUUGCUGCUCCAAUAUUAAAGUCUCAUGAGUAUGGAUUGUUUGAAGUUAAUAGGGUAUCAAAAGUUAUGUGGUUUGAGAAAGUUUAUGUUUAUUUGAAUUUUAUUGAGAAGAAUAUACUCUAUCCUUUGAUUAUCAUAAGUGCAUUAACGGCUGAUGCUACAACAAUCACCGAUAAAUUUGGCCAUGGAUUUGGAAGUGCAUUAAUCGUUAUUGCCAGUAUAAAAGGUAUGAAAAUUAGACUCUCUAAUUUAUUGUGGUUUAAAAAUUGCAUAUAUUUUCAUAAUAUCAUUUUACACAUUUCAGCAUUAAGAAGUGUAUAUUCAGACAUAAGCUGCCAAUAUUUAGUUUUACUCUUCAGUGAUUUAUUCUUUCAUUAUGAUUAUGCAAAUGCAACUGAAAGUUUCCUACUAAACUAUUUUAUCAUUUCAAUAUUGUAUCGAAAAAUAUCAGAUUUGUUAUUGAAGCUUCAAUUUGUUGUUACGUACAUUGCACCAUGGCAGAUUACAUGGGGAAGUGCAUUUCAUGCUUUUGCUCAACCUUUUUCGGUUCCACACUCAGCAAUGCUAUUUUUGCAAACUGCUAUUAGUGCCAUUCUAUCGACACCACUAAAUCCUUUCUUAGGAAGUGCCAUAUUCAUAACAUCAUAUGCACGACCAAUAAAAUUCUGGGAACGAGAUUACAAUACAAGAAGAAUCGAUCACUCUAAUACUCGAUUGAGCUCACAACUUGAAAGAGAUUUAGGAGCAGAUGACAACAACUUGAAUAGUAUUUUUUACGAGCAUUUAACAAGAUCAUUGCAGCAUUCAUUAUGUGGUGAUUUAUUAAUGGGAAGAUGGGGAAAUGUUAGCCAAGGAGAUUGUUUUGUUCUCGCAUCGGAUUAUUUAAAUUGUUUGAUUCAUAUCAUUGAACUUGGUAAUGGAUUAUGUACAUUUCAAAUGCGUGGAUUAGAAUUUCGAGGAACUUAUUGUCAACAACGUGAAGUUGAAGCAAUUUCCGAGGGUGUCGAAGAUAAUGACGGUUGUUGUUGUUGUAGUCCAGGUCAUUUACCUCACAUGCUGAGCGUAAAUGCAAUGUUUUCAACUAGAUGGCUAGCGUGGCAAGUAAUUGCUUCGCAAUAUGUCAUCGAAGGCUACUCAAUCUCAGAUAAUGCAGCUGUCGCAACUCUUCAAGUAUUCGAAUUUAGAAAAGUAUUGAUUUCUUAUUAUGUCAAGAGUAUAAUCUAUUACGCAAUAAGAUCACCAAAACUUCAACAAUGGCUUGAAUCAACGUCAAUUCAAGAAGCACUCGAGAUAACAUUAGAGAAAAAUUUUGUUGAACUAGAUCCAAUAUUUAAUCAUAAUCUGGAUGAUGACUAUGAUUUUCGAGUUGCUGGGAUAUCAAGAAAUUCAUUUUGGAACGUUUAUUCAGAUUGGAUACAGUUUUGUGUUGGAAAAAGACAGCAACAAAUGCAAGAAGAAAGAAUGAAAAGAGAACAAAUGAAAGAGACGCGUAAGCAAACUGAUGGAAGAAAAUCUGGACCAUCACCAAAAGAUCAAAAGAAUGCGGGACCAUCAAAUAAUGAAGACUCAUCGCCUCUUAUAACUAAUUCCAUAAAUUCUUCCAAAGAUUCAAUUCUCGUUUCAUUGUGUUUCGCAUUAACAUUAUUAGCUAGAAGAACUUUAGCAACAGCAAGUCAUAGUGCUUCGUCCUUAGGCGUUGAGUUUUUUCUUCAUGGAUUACAUUCACUCUUUAAGGGUGAUUUUCGUCUUACUCACGUACGUGACGAAUGGGUUUUUGCAGAUAUGGACUUACUUCAUAGUGUAUUAGCACCAAGUGUUCGAAUGUCAUUAAAGCUCCAUCAAGACCAUUUCUUAGCUCCAGAUGAUUAUGAUGACUACAGUGCAUUAUAUGAAUCAAUUGAGCAAAAUACAAGAGAAUUAGUGAUAUCACAUGAGGCAGAUCCCUUGUGGCGUAACGCAGUCUUAAGAGGAACACCAAAUUUAUUAGCACUUCGCCAUGUUUGUGAAGAUGGAUCUGAUGAAUAUCGUGUAAUUAGAUUAACAAAGAGAUAUUUGAAUUUCCGCGUAAUAAAAUUGAAUCGUGAAUGUGUUAGAGGCUUAUGGGCAGGACAACAACAAGAGUUGAUCUAUUUACGAAAUAGAAAUCCUGAAAGAGGUUCAAUUCAAAAUGCAAAGCAAGCACUUCGAAAUAUUAUAAAUAGUUCAUGUGAUCAGCCAAUAGGUUAUCCAAUUUAUGUCUCACCAUUAACAACAUCAUAUGCUGAAACGAACGAGCAAUUGUGUGAUAUAAUCGGUGGAGAAAUUACAUUAGAAAAAAUACAAAAUAAGAUAUUAAGCUCAUGGCAUCGAAUACGAAAGAGGUGUAGAGAAGGUUGCAGUAGUGGAAUUGAAGUAGAAAAUGUAAACACGGCAGGAAGCGUUUACGGAAAUUUAAAUACAAUGGCAAAUGCUAAUUUAUCGCAAACUGCAGGAACAUUAUCAUAUGGCUCACAAAGUAUCUCAAUAUCAGGACGAGAAGGAUCGGGAAAUAGAGGAAGUCUAGCAAGUAUAAACAAUAAACCAACAUCGUCUACAUUACUUGCAGGACUUCUAAAUCGGGAUCGACUUGAAAUGUCUGAGAGAGAAUUCACUCUGAGAGAACGAAGUAUUGGAAAGAAAACACCAAGUACAAAUAGCAUUUGUAAAAGUAAACGGGAUUCUUUUAGAGAAUCUCUAAAUCCAUCAAUAACGUUAACGACAGCAAGUACAACAAAAGAACAAGAAACGGUUGAUGAUACUUUCAAUGAAGAAGAAAGUUCAUUAGCAGCGGGAACAAGCGAAGAGAAAAAAGAGAAAAAAGAAGAUAACGAAGAAGAUGACGAAGGUGGAGAACCAGAAGAAAAAUUAUUAAUUCAACCGACUAAUAUUGCGAUGAAUAAAAAAGUCAUAAUUGUAGAUAUUAGUCAGGUAACCGUUUAAAUUGUGAAUCAUAAUAACGGAUAUAAUUGUGAUACCUUUUUUUAGAUUUAUGACUGUAUGAAUGAUCAACGAAUUGAUUUAAUAUGGCCUAAUGAAAAACUACAAAAUGCGAGCUUACGAUCAAGUUGGCGUAAAAAUCGUGUGCCACAAGUUGGUAUGGUUGGCUUUGUCGUUGGAUGUCUUUCACCAAAUCAUGCUGCCGCAUCAAGUGAUGUUCAUAAUAUUCUUCUCGUCAAAGUAGAUGAUGAGUUGUGUAUACCAAUUAGUGAGAAAGGCGUUAAAGAAUAUAAGACAAUAACCUCUCCACCGUCAACAAGACAUACGAUAGCGACUGCACCAAAGAAUCAAAGUAUAGAUGAGCAAGAACAGGAUUCCAAAGAAAAUGAAGAUGAUGAUGAACAAGUAACUCUUUGAGUACAAUUCAAACAUGGAAACCUUAAAAAAAUUGUAAAUAUUAUUAAUUUUUUUACUAAUCUGGCAUAAAAAGAAUUUUAAUCCUUAUAAUAUUCGAAAAAACGUCGAAAUGAAAACAAGAAGCACUUAUUUAUUGCACAGAAAUACUUCUAGUCUUUCUCCUUCAAAUUUUUCCUCUCCAAUAUAAAGGAAUUAUUCUAAAACUAAGAAUUUUGCAUCUCAUAAAAAGUAACAUACAAUGCCAGAACUAAGAAACCGAUUUUUCAAUCAACAAACGACUCUUCAAAUAUUGAAAUUCAACGUAAAGUUAAUAAAGAAAAAAAAAUACUACAAAAAAUUGAAUAUUGAUUUGAAAUAAGAAAACAAAGUGUAAAGAUGAAGAUGAAUUGCUGAACAGUUGAAAAAAAAAGAUUAACUAUUUUGUGAUAAUUACAAUUAGAUGAAAAAUACAGAAUUAAAAUUACUCUUUGCAAAACGUUACAGAUUAGAAAAGAAUGUUUUGUUUUUACAUCUCU